GGUGCUCGGCAGGCGCGCCUGGGCAAGAUGGCGGCGCCCAUGGCGGCGUGUCGGUGAGCGCGGGCCAUGCUGGCGCUGCUGGGCCGCGGCCUGGUCGGGCCCGCCCGCGCCGGGGCCGCCGUGCUGGGCAGGGCACAGCCCGGCUGCAGUCCCGUGCUCCAGGCAGCCAGGGGCUAUGCCAGACCUGUGACCAAGAAGAGGAAAGACAUCCCCAGCCAUCUGGAUGACCUUCCUCCCACCUUGCUGAAGAAGGAUUAUGCCAAUCUCCCAAUCAUGAACAGCGUGGAUGAUGUGGUGAAACGCCUGCUGUCCCUGGAAAUGGCAAGUCAGAGGGAGAAGUUGAAGGUAAAGACACAGCAGCUGGUGGAGAAGGUCAGGAGGUCUCCCCAUGACAAUGGCUCCUUUGAGGUGCAAGUUGCUAUUUUGACUGCCAAGAUCCGCACGCUCGAGGAGCACCUCCAGAAGCACCCCAAGGACAAAAGGAACCGCAGGUUCAUGCUGAUGGGUCUGGACAGGAGGAGGAAGAUGCUGGGCUACCUGCGCCGGGUCAACUACAGCACCUUUGAGAACACCUGCAAGGAGCUGGGCAUCCAGUACAGCCCCCUCCAGCCCUACACCCGCCGCCUCACCAAGCGCUGGAUGGUCAAGAAGGCUUUGUGCAUCAAGGUGUUCCAGGAGAAGCAGAAGCUGCAAGCAGCUGAGAGACUGAAGAAGAGGAGAGAGUGGCAGGCGAGAGCAAGAGCUGCACGGGAACAGCAGGAGAAGCAGGUGCAGGAGAAACAGGCACAGGCGGGGACACCUGUGUAGUGGCACAGCCAGGCUGGCACAGCCAGGCUGGCAAUAAACUCCUGCCCAAAGACCUGAA